UUUUUAGGCUGAUGGUUGUUGUGAUGGUAAUAUGCAUUUUUAUCCUAACUAUGGUCAAUAACAGGACGUAUCAAUUUAUUCCAAAAACGAAUCUCCAUAGAAGUGAUGUCAAUCACCUGGAAUGUACAAGAGAGAAGUAUCAAAUCGUCAUUUACAAGCCAGUUCAGUGGCAUAUGCAAGGGCAGGUGCAGAAUUUAAACAUGACGUCAUGUACGUGGAACAACUGCGACGUAUUCGUGAUGACGUACCGCACCGACGGUCCGAUUGAGGCGGACGCCGUGAUUUUCCAGGGAAACAAGAUGAUAGAAACACGGCCAAGAAGACUUCAUUCGGACCAAGUGUUUGUGUUUUUUAAUAACGAACCGCCAUUUUAUGUACAUGAUAAAUCAAGUGUUAAAAUAAUGGAUGAAAAUGAUAAUUAUUUCAACUGGACAAUAACAUAUAAACGAGAGUCCGAUAUUUGGGCUCCAUACGGUGUUAUUUUGCCAAAGUCUCUAGACAAGGAUGUUUAUUUUAAACAAACUCAAUUGGGAGCUCGGUUUAAAGUUAAGAAUAUUCCUACAUUCAAUACAGAAGGAAUAGAACGUAAGAAUUAUAGUCAAAUUUACCAGUACAAAACUAGAAACGUAUUAUGGUUCGUAAGCCAUUGUUUUACAAGCUCCAGAAGAGAAAAAUACGUCGAACGAAUGAAAAACGUAACAAGUAUCAAGGUGUUUGGAAAAUGCGGCGUUUCUCGGUUGAAUGGAAACAUUUCGUUUGAACAGAAAUACAAGUUCUAUUUAGCCUUCGAAAACUGUCUCUGUGAUGACUAUAUAACAGAAAAGGUGUACCACUGGUAUUCAAAGGACAUCAUUCUCGUUGUGCGAGGAGGUGCGAAUUAUUCUGAACACCUACCGGAAGGAACGUACGUCAACGCUGCCGACUUCCGGACGCCCGAGGAUCUGGCUGAUUUCUUGAAUAAGCUUGGUUCGGACGAGGCGAGGUAUAUUGCAUAUCUGAAACGGAAGGAUAACUACGUGGUUUUCACGGAGCAAGAGAACGUACAGACGACUUUUUGUGAGCUUUGUUGGCGUCUGAACAACAAAGAACGGUUUCGGAAAUCUCAUGUGAACAUCUCAUCGUGGUGGUUUGGUAGCUGCCGGUCAGGAAAUGUGUAAUAAUUAAGCCUGGUGCACACACUUCCAAGUGUUGUAAUUGAGCCAUUCAUCAUUAAGAUCAGAACAUGUUAAAAACCACAGGACGCACCUACAAGGCAGUCUGAACCGCCCUGCAUGGU